UCUGUGCCCUGCGCUGGCGCCGCGGUCCAAACUCCUCGGAACUCCCCGGUUCCUGCCACCAGGCAUCUCUUGCUUUCCCUGCGCCACCGGUUCCUCUGCCCCAGCCCUGGGACACCCUUCCGACAGGAAGCGGCUCUUCCGGCCCCAGAAACGCCGGGCACUGGGUUUCCCCAGCUGCUCCUCUUGUCAGCAGGGGCCUCCAUGGCGUCCCCACCCCCCACCAACCCAGCGCAUGACCACUUUGAGACCUUCAUGCAGGCCCAGCUGUGUCAGGAUGUCCUGAACAGCUUUCAAGAGCUCUGUGGAGCCCUGGGAGUGGAGUCUGGUGGGGGAUUGCCCCAGUACCACAAGAUCAAGGCCCAGCUCAACUACUGGAAUGCCAAGUCACUGUGGACCAAGUUAGACAAGAGAGCCGGCCAGCCCGUGUACCAGCAAGGCCAGGCCUGCGCCAACACCAAGUGUCUCGUGGUCGGCGCUGGACCUUGCGGACUUCGGGCUGCUGUGGAGCUGGCGCUGCUGGGUGCCCGCGUGGUGCUUGUGGAAAAGCGUACCAAGUUCUCCAGACACAAUGUUCUCCACCUCUGGCCCUUCACCAUCCAUGACCUACGGGCACUUGGGGCCAAGAAGUUCUACGGGCGCUUCUGUACCGGCACUCUGGACCAUAUCAGCAUACGGCAGCUUCAGCUGCUUCUACUGAAGGUGGCCUUACUGUUGGGGGUGGAGAUUCACUGGGGCGUCGCAUUCACCGGCCUCCAACCCCCUCCCAGAAAAGGGAGUGGCUGGCGUGCCCAGCUCCAGCCCAGCCCCCCAGCCCAACUGGCCAACUAUGAGUUUGAUGUCCUCAUCUCGGCUGCAGGAGGCAAAUUUGUCCCCGAAGGUUUCACCAUACGAGAGAUGCGAGGCAAACUGGCCAUCGGCAUCACAGCCAACUUCGUGAACGGGCGCACGGUGGAGGAGACGCAGGUGCCAGAGAUCAGUGGUGUCGCUCGGAUCUACAACCAGAAAUUCUUCCAGAGCCUGCUCAAAGCCACAGGUAUUGAUCUGGAGAACAUUGUGUACUACAAGGAUGAUACCCACUACUUUGUGAUGACGGCCAAGAAGCAGUGUCUACUGAGGCUGGGGGUGCUGCGUCAGGACUUGCCGGAGACGGACCAGCUGCUGGGCAAAGCUAAUGUAGUCCCCGAGGCUCUGCAGCGCUUUGCCAGAGCAGCGGCUGACUUCGCCACGCACGGCAAGCUUGGGAAACUGGAGUUUGCUCAGGAUGCACGCGGGCGGCCUGAUGUGGCGGCCUUCGACUUCACAAGCAUGAUGCGGGCGGAGAGUUCUGCUCGGGUCCAAGAAAAGCACGGUGCCCGCCUCCUGCUGGGGCUGGUGGGGGACUGCCUAGUGGAGCCCUUCUGGCCUCUGGGCACCGGCGUGGCCCGAGGCUUCUUGGCAGCCUUCGAUGCAGCCUGGAUGGUGAAGCGGUGGGCAGAGGGUGCUGAGCCCCUAGAGGUGUUGGCUGAACGUGAAAGCCUGUACCAGCUUCUGUCACAAACGUCCCCCGAGAAUAUGCAUCGAACUGUAGCCCAGUAUGGGUUGGACCCUGCCACCCGAUACCCCAACCUGAACCUCCGGGCUGUAACCCCCAAUCAGGUUAAAGACCUCUAUGAUGUGCUGGACAGAGAGCAUGCUCAGAGGAAGAGUGACGAGCCGGAUGCCAGGAAGACCGCCACAGGGUCUGCGCGCACUGAGGAGCUUCUGCACUGGUGCCAGGAACAGACAGCUGGCUUUCCGGGAGUCCAUGUCACUGACUUUUCCUCCUCGUGGGCUGAUGGGCUAGCUCUGUGUGCCUUGAUACACCGCCUACAGCCUGGCCUGCUGGAACCCUCGGAGCUGCAGGGCAUGGGAGCUCUAGAAGCCACUACCUGGGCACUGAGGGUGGCAGAACAUGAGCUGGGCAUCACACCGGUGUUGUCCGCACAGGCAGUUGCGGCAGGCAGCGACCCGCUGGGUCUCAUUGCCUACCUCAGCCACUUCCACAGUGCCUUCAAGAGCACGCCCCACAGCUCAGGCCUUGCCAGCCAGCCUCCUGGGACCUCCAGUGCUAUACUUUUCCUCGGCAAACUCCAGAGGAGCCUACAACGGACCCGGGCCAAGGACGUAUUGCAGGACCACAGGGAGGAUGCUGGUGACAAGAAGCUUCCCUUGCAGGUAGAGGAGGAGACUCCGAGUCCUGAGGAGCCCCCUGUCUCUGAGCCCAGUGUACCCCCAGCACUGCCCUCCGAACCCCAGGAGGCUGGGGCAGAUCUGUGUGAACGCUGUGGGAAGCACCUCUACCUCCUGGAACGCUUCUGUGUGGACGGCCAUUUCUUCCACCGGGGUUGCUUCUGCUGCCACAGCUGUGAGGCCACACUGUGGCCAGGUGGCUAUGGGCAACAUCCAAGAGAUGGAUAUUUCUACUGUCUCCAGCACCUACCCCAGGAGGACCGAAAGGAAGCUGAGAACAAUGGACAUCUGGAGAGCCAGGAGCUCCCUACACCAGGAGACAGUAAACAGCCAGACCCCGCCUCUCCUGCACCUCCUGUGACGGAGGUCAGCCCUGCCCCGAGCCCCAGCCAGCCUGCCCGGCGGCUGAUCCGACUCUCCAGCUUAGAACGCCUGCGGCUGUCCUCCCUGAACAUCAUCCCUGAUUCAGGAGCAGAGCCUCCACCCAAGCCCCCACGGAGCUGCUUGGACUUAGCCCGAGAGUCCCUGAAGAGCAGCUUUGUGGGCUGGGGUGUGCCAGGCCAAGCACCACAAGUUCCUGAGGCCAUAGAGAAGGGGGAGGAGGAGGAGGAGGAAGAGGAGGAGGAAGAGGAGGAGGAAGAGCAGCAGCAUCAGAUGCCGUCACCUUUGAAGCCAGACUUGGAGCAGACUCUGCUGACCUUGGCUAAGAACUCAGGUGCCAUGAAUAAGUACCCAACGUGGUGUCGAACCCUCCUUCGCCGAGCCAAAGAGGAGGAGAUGAAGAGGUUUUGCAAGGCCCAGGCCAUCCAGCGAAGACUAAACGAGAUUGAAGCCGCUCUGAGGGAACUGGAGGCUGAAGGCAUGAAGCUGGAGCUGGCCUUGAGGAAAGAGAGCAGCUCUCCAGAACAGCAGAAGAAACUGUGGCUGGAGCAGCUGCUACAGCUUAUUCAGAAGAAGAACAGCCUAGUGACUGAAGAAGCCGAACUCAUGAUCUCGGUGCAGGAGCUGGACCUGGAAGAGAAGCAGCGGCAUCUGGACCACGAGUUGCGGAGCUACAUGAAUCUGGAAGAAACCCUGAAGACAGAGGCCCAUCGACAGUCUGAGGACCAGAUCCUAAGGAAGCUGUUGGAUGUGGUGAACCAGAGGGAUGCCCUGAUCCAAUUCCAGGAGGAACGAAGGCUCAGUGAGAUGCCUGUAUAGACGGGGCCCAGGGCUGGAAGAGGAUGGCUAGCUAUCUCCUGGCCCCGGAAGCAAGACACAGUCAUAAGGGCUGUACCUCCGCCAUCUGGACUGCCUAGUCAGGGGUUCCCUGUUUUUUACAAUAAAAGCAUUAUGGCCGUGAA